UAUCAAUAUCUCUUUAUGACUUAUAAAAAAAAUAAAGAAAUUGUUAAAAAACCUGCUGUAUUACAAACAAAAAAAUAUCUAAGAGUUAAAGCAGAACAUGAAGUACAAGAACAAAAACCUCUUAAAAUAAAAGAAAAAUAUAUUAUAUCAAAUCAGCAAAUUAGAUGUCAGCUAGGAGAUAUCUCUAAUAGUAAAGGGUCUUCAAAUAUGAUAAAUAAAAAUAUUGGUUCAACAGAUAGUAAAAUAUCAAAUAAUAAGACAUACAAUUUUUCACCUCUUUCUCAGCCUGAAAAUUUUCAGUUCUUUGUCAAGCAGCUACCCAAAGAUUUUUAUAAUGCAAAAUUAUCUUUGUUUUAUUCUAGUAAAGAUUUGUUAUUCUUUUCUGAUAAUAACAAUAAAAAUGAUAACAUAAGAAGUAAUAAAAAUUAUAAAACUGAGAAAGAGAGUGAAGAAGAGGAUGUAAUAAAUUUUGAUACAUCUGAUGUAGAUGAUAGCCCAGUAGCCAAUAUCUGA